UCCAAAACACAUAACACUAAGACACACAAGCAGACCAUUCUAUUAGUUGUAGUAGUUGUAGUUCUCCUCCGAAUCAAAGGGGUCAAAUUCAUUUUCCUUUCUUCGUUAAGCCGUGACAGUAAGUGCACACUAACACACAGCUUUCUGCUUCUAAAAUAUCGAAAAUUCAGCUUAUAAGUUUAGCCGCAAAGCCCACACAAAGGCUUGUUGAAGAAAAACUCAUUGCACUCUUGCAAUCAUGUAAGGCUCUAAAACAACUCAAACAAAUCCAAACCCAGAUAAUUACUCACAGCUUCCUACACAAUAAUGACUACUACUACUUCAUCGCAAGAAGAUUUAUCACAGCUUGUGCUGAGCUCAAGAAAAUGGCUUAUGCACGCAAAGUGUUCGAUCAAAUUCCUGACCCGCCGAAUAUUGCGCUGUGGAAUGCAAUGUUCAAAGGGUAUGCUCAAAAUGAGUCUUAUAGGGAAGUUUUAGUUUUGUUUAGUUAUAUGAAGAGCUUGGAUGUGAUGCCCAAUUGCUUUACUUUCCCUCUUGUUUUGAAAUCUUGUGGGAAAAUUAAUGCAUAUGUGGAAGGCCAGGAAGUGCAAUGUGUGGCAAUAAAGGGUGGUUUUAGAGCAAACCCAUUUGUGGGAACUACGUUGAUUGAUAUGUAUGCGGGUGGGGGAGCAGUUAGAGAGGCUUACAAGGUGUUUGGUGAGAUGGUCGAUAGGAAUGUUGUUGCUUGGACUUCGAUGAUUAGUGGGUAUAUUUUGUGUUGUGAUAUGGUUUCUGCACAGCGCCUUUUUGAUUUGGCUCCUGAGAGAGAUGUUGUGUUGUGGAACACUAUGGUUUCGGGUUAUAUUGAAUUGGGUGAUAUGGUAGCAGCAAGGAAGCUUUUCAAUGAGAUGCCUAACCGAGAUGUGAUGUCUUGGAAUACGGUGUUGAACGGUUAUGCGAAUAAUGGGGAUGUUGAGGCAUGUGAGAGGUUGUUUGAAGAGAUGCCUGAGAGGAAUAUUUUCUCUUGGAAUGGAUUGAUUGGAGGGUAUGCCCGAAAUGGGAAAUUCUUUGAAGUUAUGGAGACAUUCAAAAGGAUGCUAAUUGAGGGUAAUGUGCUUCCUAAUGAUGCCACACUGGUGAUCGCAUUGUCUGCUUGUUCAAGAUUAGGAGCUCUUGAUUUAGGUAAGUGGGUUCAUGCGUAUGCAGAGAGUAAUGGAUAUAAGGGAAAUCUUUACAUUGGGAAUGCUUUGAUUGACAUGUAUGCAAAAUGUGGAAUUAUAGAAAAUGCUGUUGAUGUGUUCAAGAGCAUGGGUAGAAAGGAUUUGAUCACGUGGAACACCAUAAUCAAUGGCAUAGCAAUGCAUGGACAUGGGAGUGACGCCCUUAAUGUGUUUUGUGAGAUGAAAAAUGCUGGAGAAACACCAGAUGGAAUCACAUUCAUAGGUAUCCUGUGCGCUUGUACACACAUGGGCUUAGUUGAAGAUGGCUUUUCAUAUUUCCAGUCAAUGGUUGAUGAUUAUUCAAUUGUGCCUCAAAUUGAGCAUUAUGGUUGUAUGGUUGAUCUGUUUGCCCGAGCUGGUCUUUUAGAGCAGGCAAUAGAGUUUGUGAGGAAGAUGCCCAUGGAAGCAGAUGCUGUUAUUUGGGCUGCCUUACUUGGGGCAUGUAGGAUUUACAAAAACAUUGAGUUGGCUGAAAUGGCUCUUGACCAGCUUAUCAAACUUGAACCAAAGAACCCCUCAAAUUUCGUUAUGCUGUCAAAUAUAUAUGGGGAUCUUGGGAGAUGGAAAGAUGUUGCACGACUAAAAGUUGCAAUGAGGGAUACAGGAUUGCGAAAAUUGCCAGGAUGUAGCUUGAUUGAGGUCAACGAUUCUGUUGUUGAGUUCUAUUCCUUAGAUGAGAGGCAUUCUGAGAGAGAGGAAAUCUAUAGAGCCUUGAGGGGGUUGACAAAAUCGUUAAGAUCAUUUGAAUAUCUACCAGACCUGAUGGAACAUGAGCAGGGAGGUUAAAGAUAACGGAGGGUUAAGGCAAACACUUAUUAAAGUUUUAAUUAACUUAACACUUAAAAAUUAAAUUUCUCAUCUCUUGAUUCUCUUAGUCCCCCUUUGGGAUUAAAUUUCUAUUUUGUUGAAUAUAGAGUUCCUAAAUGAAUUCUUUUGCUUUGAAAAUCUUGACUGGUUGAUAAAUGUGGACGUGUAUGUUUCCUAGGUUUUAAUGAUAGAAAAAUUGUUCUCUCUAACUGUAGUUUCUUUCCUAAGAUUCUAAGUUUGAAAUAUUGAUAAUUGAGUCUAUGUGCUCACUAAUUUUGGGAAACGAAAGCUUCGUUUAGAAGUCUAGUACAAUGUUUUGCUUUAGGGGUUUUAAAAUAUUUCUUUAGAUACAUAUAUAUGUUUAAGUGUUUGGGUUAAGCUCAACUUGAUUUGAUUUGUCCUUACUUGAGUAUUUGAAAAAUUACCCUCAAAUCCUCUUUUAACCAAAGAAAAAAUCACUACUUUGAAACCUGGAAAUAUAUCAAUGCUUCAUUUCAGUCAAUUUUCUUGAAUAGGUUUUUAAUCAAAUUUCACCUUUAGAAAGAACACCUUGUCUACAAAAUAUAUGUUUUGUCUCUAUUAUUGUCUUAUUUUCUACCGUAGUUUAAUGGUCUAGAGCUUAACAUCAUUUUUUUUUUCAUGUGGUUGGAAGAGUACACAAUUUUAGUGGAAUCUCUUUUUUACAUUUUGUGUCAUGUUCUCCAUUGCUUACGUCUAUAAACUUGGGAAAUAGUUUUCUGGCCAUUGCUGUCAGGCUUGAAUAACCAAUCCAUGGCAAAUUUUCACAAUUCCCUGCCAUUUUCAAACUUUGGCUAGCUUGAGGAUGUAGCAUGCAUUGUCACUGCAGUCGUUCGUAAUUGGCCUUAUAGCAAUAUGCAUUUGAAAGAAUGAACUGAGCAUAAAAGGUUAACUUGGAUGAAGAGAGAGUUUAUUGGGGUUACAAUGCUGAUAUUAGGGUCAUUUUUUUAUUAUUAUUAUUAUUAGUUUAUUACUCUUUUACUUGAAGAAUAUGGCAGCAACUGUAGAAAACGUACUUGGUUAGUCUGCAGAUUGCUUGAAAUUCCUCUCUAUGUGCUCGGAAGCUAAGACCCACUUGGUAAUAUCUUUUUUUGUUAUUUUUGUUGAAAUCCACUUUAAUGUCAUAAAUAUUUGCUGUAAUCCUAGAGCUGUGUAUUCAUAAUGCUAUGGUGUCUUUAGUAUUUGUUCUAGAGAAGAUUGUUGUAAACUCUUUAUUCAA